UAUCCGAGCUUUUAUACUCGUUCCCCUGGCCAGGAAGACGUUGCCUUCUUCCACCCUCUCCUCUUGAAACAUGCCUGAUUUCCUUUGAGACCCAGUUUCAGGUACAGGAGGCUGAGGCCCCCUCAAUCUUGAACAACCAUGUCAAACCCCAGUGCUCCACCUCCAUAUGAAGACAGAAACCCCCUUUAUCCUCCUCCCCCAGCAGGGGGAGGUUAUCCUGGGGGAGGUUACCCUGGGGGUUACCCAGCAUACCCCCAGCCAGGCUUUGGACACCCAGCUGGAUAUCCUCAGCCUAUGCCUCCCAUCCAUCCAAUGCCCAUGAACUUUGGCAGAGGUGAAGUCUAUGGAGGAGAGGAACCAGCAGUGAGUGACAACUUUGGGACUGGAGAAUGGGAGGACAAGAAGGUCCGACACCGCUUCAUCCAGAAGGUUUAUGCCAUCAUCUCAAUCCAGUUGCUCAUCACAGUUGGCAUCAUUGCUCUUUUCACCUUUUCGGAUCCUGUUCGAGCUUUUGUGAGGAAGAACUUGGCUGUCUACUAUGCUUCCUAUGCUGUCUUUCUGGCUACAUACCUGACCCUUGUCUGCUGCCAGGCACCCAGGCGCCGGUUCCCAUGGAACAUCAUCUUGUUGACCAUCUUUACCCUAGCAAUGAGCUUCAUGACUGGCUGCAUAGCCAGUAUGCAUAACACUAAAGCAGUCAUCUUGGCCAUGAUUAUCACUGCCAUCGUCACCAUUGCUGUCACCAUAUUCUGCUUCCAGACCAAGGUGGACUUCACAUCCUGUGCAGGGCUCUUCUGUGUGCUUGGGAUUGUGUUGACAGUGACUGGGAUUGUCACUGCUAUUGUGCUAGCUUUCAAAUAUGUCUACUGGCUCCAUAUGCUGUAUGCUGCCCUCGGGGCUAUCGCUUUCACUCUGUUUCUGGCAUAUGACACACAGCUGGUCUUGGGGAACAGGAAGCACACCAUCAGCCCAGAGGAGUAUAUCACAGGUGCCCUGCAAAUCUACACGGACAUCGUCUACAUCUUCACCUUUGUGCUGCAGCUUCUGGGGGAUCACAAUUAAGGGGGCCUCUCUUCUUGCCCAUGCUCCUUCUUUGCUUUCUCUUUCUGGGUUGGCCAGUUACUGCCGUGGCCCUUUUCUCUCAGUAACUUCCCCAGGAAAGGUUUUACAUGUUGCUGGUGAGAUCUGGUGGGGGCAGUCCUGUCGGGGGCUUGUCUUAGGGAGGGACAUGCUGGACUGGAGAAGCCAGUGAGUGACUCUCUUCUGACUGGUCUAAGACUGAAUCCGAGGUUUCUUCUCCUUUUUGUCAAUACUGCCCUGUCAGAGAUCACUCUGUCUCGGUAACUAAAGGGAAACAAGGUGCAGGGAUAUUUCAAGGAAAUGUGAUGCCCAUUCUCUGCAGGGGAUUCCAUACUGAGCUGCUAUCUACAGUGCCCUUCCUCUCUGGCAUUUUCCCCUAUGGGAUUGGAGAAUGGGGUCAGUGCCUACUCUUUCUCUUGCACUAGACUCCCAAAAUCCUGUCGUUUUCUUAGUUUUCCCCUCGCCCCCACCACCCAAAUAGUUCUUCCCCUUUACCCUUUGUACAGACAUGAUCCAAUGAUGUGUAUAUAUUGUUUAGUGGGAAUUGGGCACCAUCUAUAAUAGUGCCCAGCCCUGGCCUACCUACCAUAAACCUUGACCUCUGCCUAAGGCUAGAAGGCAAACCUCAGUCUCUACCCAUCUCCACCUGGCUCCUUCCCAUCACCCCAGUCCUGGAAUUAUUUCCAGAAGGGUGUUUGGCCAGUGGGAGUGGGGGUAGUUUCUUCUUUGACCUUCAUCUCUGGCAUCCUAGACUUGACAGUGAAGGGAUGUGUAGUAUGAAUGGGAAUGGGUUGAUAGCGUGACAGGUGCCCCACCCCCACUGGUGGGGCCAGUGACCCAAAUGUAGGCAAAAUAUGGAGCUGGCAGGGAUACAGACAGAGCUGGGGUUGAAAGAUGCUCUCCAGUUUAUUCUCUGGGCCCUGCUGCGACCUACAGAACAUCCCAGCCUUAGGCUUCUCACAGAAUUUUAAACCGGAAGGAACACCCUUCAGCUAUUCUAGGGUAAGCCCUCUAUUAUACACAUGAAAGAUCUGAGGCCCAGAGGUAAAAUGUUUGCAUUAGACCUCACAGAGUGGUAGAGCUACCACUAGAACCUGGCUGUUUGCUCAUACCAUCCCUUAGUUUUGGGGUGGCUGCUGGGGGUGGAAGAUAGGGCCCCCUCCCCUUGCCUUCUCCCUCAGGAUGGUUAAAGUUGAAUCCCCCAUCGGCACCUCCCUUCCCUGCUCCUAAGGGCAGGAAACCACUGGCUAAGCUUUUAACACCAAGUGCCUUAUGAGGGAGGUAGGGACUUGAGGGACAGUGUUCUCGACUUUAGCCCAGCACAAGGGUCAAAAAAGGGCUUCUGUACAUGAUCUUUCCGGAGUUUUGAGCACCACAGAGUUGUAACAGGAAAUACAAUAAAAUUCUAUGUUAGAAA